AUGGAGACCUACAAUGAAGGAGCUAGAUUCCAACAUAAGGCGGCGGGAGGUGGGGUGGCCUACGUGAGGUGGGGCCACACAAACUGUGCAGCAGGAGCCGAGACGGUCUACUCGGGGAGAGUCGGAGGAAGCCACUUCAGCCACCGAGGUGGCGGCAGUAACUACCAGUGUCUCACAUUGGAACCAGAGAACGAGGACUUUGGUCCUGGCACCGUAAGCGGUUCGUUCAUGUACGGCACCGAGUACGAGGUCUACGCGAACAACCCGUCGGUCGACAAGCUGCUUCAAAACCACGACGUACCCUGCGCAGUGUGCUACGUGUCCACUCGGUCCGCCAAGAUAAUGAUCCCCGGAACCUACAAAUGCCCGUCGUCGUGGAACGAAGAGUUCCAUGGUUUCCUCAUGUCUGCGCACUACUCACACCACCGCGCCACGUUCGAGUGCGUGGACGCCGAUGCAAAGAAGGCCCUUGCGGGACAUGCUAACGCAAACGGAGCCCUGUUCUAUUUUGUAGAGCCACGGUGUGGGAGUCUGCCCUGCCCUCCGUACGAACAAGAGAAAGAAUUGAGUUGUGUCGUGUGCACUCGCUAAAGAAACUGGCCGUGUUAUUAACACAAAGAACAGUACAGUAGUGUAGAUGAUUUGAACUCUGAUUGAACUGAUAUGAGUAGUGUGUAGCUUUGCCAGUUGUAUAUGUUUGAGUAGUUGAUUACGUCAUUGAAAAACAACACUCAACAUUAAUCGUUGCUCAGUGUGUCAGAAAGCUCUGGUGCAUGAGAAUAAUUCGGGUGCCAUCUCUUCACGUGCUCGCAAUUAAUUUUUUGACUGCUGCUAUAGUUGUACAAGGUGUGCAGCAUGCAACGUGAAUUCUGGUAGUUUUGAGUCACAAAAUUGCAUUUUCAAUUGGAUACCUGGAUACCCCACCGAGUGGUUUUUGCAUUGUUCAAAAUUCCUAACCCUCUUAGCUUCAAAUCCUAGGUUGGCACUUUCUUGUGAAAUACACACAUAUACACUACUCUCACUAUAAUUUGCAAUAGUUCAGGGGGCAAAAGCCAUUUUCUAGACAAAUAACCCCCCACCCCUUGAAAAAACGCCGAGAAUUUUUCACUGCACCCAAAAACACAUGAUCAUGAAGGAGAAACAAACAGCCAUCACCCAUGCAUUACUGUGGUGUCCGCACAGCAUCACCCAACUUUUACCAUUGAGCAUAAUUUUUUGACAUUUAGCUAGGUUGAAGAAUUAACUUCGCUGACAUAAUGAAAAGCACUAAAGUGCAAACCCUCGGCGAACUGCGCAUGCGCGAUACUGCUAAUUGAUGGGCUGGGCUAUUAUGCAUUGAGUCUGACACGGGCUAGCAACAGUAGUAGAUAGCAUGCGGGAGUCGAUACAUGGCAUUCGUUACGACUUCUUGAGCCCCCAAGGUACACAGAGCGAGCAGAUCAGGUC